GUUCCUGAGUGGUGCCUGGAUUUCUGGCAUCCUUCUGAGAAGGCAAUGUAUCCUGAUUACUUUGCCAAACGAGAGCAAUGGAAGAAGCUGCGGCAGGAAAGCUGGGAGAAAGAGAUUAAGCAGUUAGAAGAAGAAACUCCAGCUGAUGGUCCAAAAACUGAAGCUCUGCCUCCAGCUCGUAAGGAAGGGCAUCUGCCACCCCUGUGGUGGGAGUAUGUCACCCGUCCUCGUGAAAUGCCCAUGUGA